AUGAAUAUUUACAAGUUAUCAAUUAUCAUUUUAUUUAUAACACAAUUAAUUUUUACAAAUAAUGUAAUCAUAUGUUAUGCUGAUCAAAAUGAUGAGAAGAGAGAUACUGAACAAAGAUAUUUUAAUUCUGAUAUGGCUACCGGUGUUGUGAUUGGGUUAUCAUUAUCAUUGAUUUCACAAUAUCUAAACACACAAAAGAUUUGUUCUUUCAUACAAAACACAUCAGAUUAUAUUAGAGAAAUAAAAGAAAAAAUCAAGGCUCGA